CUCUCUCCCGGUCUCUUUGUGCUGAGCACAGGGCAUACAUGUAAAUUUAAUCCAGGCUACGUUCAGAGGAGGGGGUUGUGAGCGGGGGAAUGUUCGCUGGCCCCUCAGAGCACCACGGAGCGUGUGUGUAUAAGCCCCUCAGCCCGGCGGCUGCCUGACAGGACCCUCUACCGCGACCACCGAGUCCUGCUGGAACCCAGAGGCACGACAGCUCCCUCUUCUCUUCACCCUCCUCUCCCGUCCGGGGCUCCCCGCAGCCCGGCAGAGCCAGAGUCUUAUCUCCGAGCGCUGAGCUCAGAUUAAGAGGAAAUUGCGGGAGGAGGAGACAGGAGGAGGAGGGGAGGGGGUCGGGGGAAUCCGCCUGUGGGGCUGCUCGCGAUGUGGUUGUGAUGAAGGCGGGAGCGAGAGUGUGACUGACGGAGGGACAGAGGACACGCCGACACUGCUGGGAACUCUCUCCGGAUUCCGCAGGACCGCUCGCUCGCGCGCGCACAAGCUCGUUAUUUGAAGGGGGGGGGGGGGGGGGAGUUUCGCGCGUUUGCGCGCAUCUCUGUAGCCGCACCGGGACAGUGGUGUGUACGUGUGUGGUGAAUGUGUGUGUGUGAAGUUUGUGGCGCUCGGCUGUUGGCGACUGCGGGAGAGGGAGUGGACAGUCGCUCAGCCGCAACACUCUGAGGAGGAGGUUGUUUUCGGCUGGGAAACCAAAUCCCUCCAGGGCUCUCCUCUCCCGGACCCUCGCCUGCUCUCUCUCCGCUCCCCCUGCCUCCAUACUCACUCCCCCAGCUGCGGGUGAGGACGCAGACACGGAGCCCGGCCGUCUCCCACUCUCACUGGGAUCCCUCUCUCCCUCCGCACCCCUGCCUCUCUCCACUCCUCCGCUCGCCCAGCCGGAGUCGCUUCUUUGUCCACAUCUAGUGGGACGGGACAGCAGACCGACCGGCCGACCGGCCGACCGGCGGAUUGAUCCGGACACGGACGCCGCUUUCCGUCUGGUGGACGCGGCCCCACAGCCCGACCGCUCGCCGCCAUGCAGGUGUCGCUCGUUUGCACCGAGCACCGGGGCGGGGUCAGCCGCACCACGGAGGAACGUCUGAACCGGCAGAACGCCAACAGCCCCAACACGGGCACCAGGAGCAAGUUCCGCGCCGUGGCCAUGGUGGCACGCAGCCUGGGCCAGCUCUCCGUCCAGAACGUGCCCUCGUCCAGCGAGCAGAGCAUGAGGACCGGGAUGAAGUAUAGAAACCUUGGAAAGUCUGGAUUGCGGGUGUCCUGCCUAGGGUUAGGAACAUGGGUGACAUUCGGAGGACAGAUAACAGAUGAGAUGGCUGAGCAGCUGAUGACUCUGGCCUAUGAGAACGGCAUCAAUCUGUUUGACACGGCGGAAGUCUACGCCGCGGGGAAAGCGGAGGUGGUGUUGGGUAAUGUCAUCAAGAAGAAGGGCUGGAGGCGCUCCAGUUUGGUGAUCACGACGAAGAUAUUCUGGGGUGGAAAAGCAGAGACUGAGCGAGGCCUGUCACGGAAACACAUUAUAGAAGGUUUAAAGGCCUCGCUGGAGAGACUGCAGUUAGAGUAUGUGGAUGUGGUGUUUGCAAACCGACCAGACCCCAACACUCCUAUGGAAGAGACGGUUCGAGCGAUGACCCACGUGAUAAACCAGGGCAUGGCCAUGUACUGGGGAACAUCUCGUUGGAGUCCUAUGGAGAUCAUGGAGGCGUACUCCGUGGCGCGCCAGUUCAACCAGAUCCCGCCCAUCUGUGAGCAGGCAGAGUACCACAUGUUCCAGAGGGAGAAGGUGGAGGUGCAGCUGCCUGAGCUCUUCCACAAGAUAGGUGUCGGGGCUAUGACAUGGUCUCCGCUAGCCUGUGGCAUCAUCUCAGGGAAAUAUGACAGCGGGGUACCCGCCUACUCCCGAGCAUCUCUGAAGGGCUACCAGUGGUUGAAGGACAAGAUCCUGAGCGAGGAGGGCCGGCGUCAGCAGGCGAAGUUGAAAGAGCUGCAGGCAAUCGCGGAGAGGCUGGGCUGCACUCUGCCACAGCUAGCCAUCGCGUGGUGCCUGAGGAACGAGGGCGUGAGCUCCGUCCUGUUAGGAGCGUCCAACGCUGACCAGCUGAUGGAGAACAUUGGAGCAAUACAGGUCCUUCCCAAGUUAUCCUCCUCCAUCACCCACGAGGUGGACAGCAUCCUGGGGAACAAGCCCUACAGUAAAAAGGAUUACCGCUCCUAACCCCACCCAGGGCUGCACCCCCUCCCCCCAACCCCCCCAACCUCUGCCUGAUCCUCUGUUUGCUUGAGCUUUUACUGAGUGAGCCCCUGGCGCAUGAGUCUGGCCACACCUGGCCCACCCAGGGGAACUCAUUUAGACCAAAAGGGAAAGGAGAAGAGGGGGCAAGCCCUCCACCUUGAGACAGAUAGUCACCUCCAGGGAUAAGGGAAGAUGGCGAGAGAACAGGACAUGGAAAGGUUGUUAAGAAUACGCGCUCAUAGAUAAUAAAACCGUUAUACAUUAAAUUCAGCUGAAACAAGUAAAAUAAAUAUAUAUAUAUACACACAUAAAAAUACAUUUUUGAAGUUGAAGAAGAAAAUAAUACAUA